AUGUCUUCAGCUGGGUCUACUGGAGUCUCUCCUGAGCGGACUGUCCCCAUCUUUGCUGCCAAUGUGCAGGCCGAAAACUCAAAUCCCUUGCCACUUGCCCCGGGCUCGAAGGAAGCUGGCAAGAGCAUUCCUGCAAAGAAGAACAUCGCCGCUCUAUCUACUUCGAAGUUGGCGAAUCAAGGCCUUCCAAAGAUGAAACUCAGCCAUGAUAGCUCGACCACCGAUCAGGUGUACCCUGUGGAUAAACUCCUUGCAAAGCUCUCCGAGCAGCAAUCCGCCCUGAAUCAGCAAAACGAUACCAACAAGCUCAGGGACGAAACCAACCAGUAUGCGAGGGCAUUUGAUCAUGCAUCUUCGAGCAACUCUCUUCCUGUCACUCCUGCUACUGAUGCUUUCCCAAGCACAGCUCCUACCACGCGCCCUGCAAGUGCCACCUUGGAUGAAGCUCGUAGCGAGAGCGAGGAGGUAAUGCGUUUGAAGUUACAGCUCGCCCAGGCACAGAACGAGAUCUCGAAGCUUGACCAAGAACUAGCCGAGACACGAGUUGUGAAAACCACAGCUGAAGUGCCGCCUUUCGGAACCCGCGGUCCAGUCUAUCCCCCUCGCGAUAAUACCUGGGGUCCUCCCGACGACACUCACUCUGACACCAGUGACGCUAUGUCCGCUUCGACAUUCAAUCGUACCCGAGAGAUCUGGGGCAAUCAGCCAAUUUUUGCCAACACAGUCCAGGCACCAGUCCUUGAACCAACCCCAGGAAAAUGGCUCGGAGGACGUGUCUUCAGCCAACCUUGUUCUGAACCCACCGGAACGCCCUUUCCCGUGAUGGAAGGAUACCGGAGUGAACGCCUGACCCCAGAUACGGAGAUUAUGCGCUCGAAUUAUGGGCGUCGAGGAAACCGCUUCGAGGGCCGUUUCAACUCACCUCAGCCAUUCGGACCUGGCUACGGAGGAGGAUUUAAUAGUCCCAUGAAUCAGUCCGACUACAUGGGAAGUCCUGCACCUGGAGCACCGUCGAAUGCUCCCCAAGGAUUGGGUCCGAUGGGUGUGUAUCCACCAUAUCCCAACCCUGCUGGAACACCUCUCUCACCUCACGCUUCCGAGUUUACCACUGGUUCUGGAUGGAAGAAUGAGGUGUUGGCGCCCGAUGACCAGACCUAUCUCGCUCCUACAGAGCCGCUGAAUUAUCGCCGUCUUUUGGAUCGCAACGUGAACUGCAACUGGAAGUACAUUGUUGACAAGAUCGUCUGCAACAACGACCAACAAGCUUCCAUCUUCCUGCAACAGAAACUCAAGGUCGGAACCGCUGACCAGAAGUUCGAAAUUGUCGACGCGAUCGUCGCCCAGGCCUAUCCAUUGAUGAUCAAUCGCUUUGGCAACUUUUUGGUGCAGCGAUGCUUUGAGCAUGGGACACCUGACCAAGUCAUCAACAUCGCGGAAGCCAUCCGUGGCAACACGCUGAAUCUGUCUAUGGAUCCCUUCGGAUGUCACGUCGUUCAAAAGGCAUUUGACUCUGUUCCUGAAAACUUCAAGGCUAUCAUGGUUCACGAACUUCUUCGUCGAAUCCCUGAGACGGUCAUUCACCGUUAUGCUUGCCACGUCUGGCAGAAGCUUUUCGAGCUGCGUUGGACAGAGUCACCCCCACAAAUCAUGAAAUUUGUCAAUGACGCUCUGAGGGGCAUGUGGCAUGAGCGCCCUUGUAUCGAAGAAGUCCUUGCCAACAUUGACAUCGUCGCCCACGGGCAAUUUGGCAACUGGUGUAUCCAACAUAUUUGUGAACACGGUGCUCCCCCAGAUCGCAGUCGAGCUAUUGACCAUGUUAUUCGUUACGCCGCUGAGUACAGUACCGAUCAGUUCGCUUCGAAGGUUGUCGAGAAGUGUCUCAAAAUCGGGGGUGCAGAAUUCCUUGGUCGUUACCUGGACCGAGUCUGUGAAGGUCGUCGUGACCGUACUCGCAUCCCACUGAUUGACAUUGCAAGUGACCAAUACGGCAACUAUCUUAUUCAGUGGAUUUUGAACAAUGCCUCCCCCCAGCAUCGCGAAAUCGUUGCUGCCCACAUCCGAAAGCACAUGGUUUCACUGCGAGGCUCCAAGUUUGGCUCCCGAGUUGGUAUGCUUUGUACCAACCACGCAGUCGCAACUCGACCUGGUCCUGGUGCUGGCCCUGGGAUGGGCGGACGCAUGGGACCUGGGCCACGCUACAACAAUGGUUACCGCUAA